GACCUAUUCGAGAAGUUGGAGGAUGAGGAUGAGCAAGGCUGGUGCAAGGGUCGGAAGGACGGCCGUGUUGGUCUCUAUCCCGCCAAUUACGUUGAGGUUGUUUGA